GUCAAAGGUAAUUUUGUACGUCGGCGUGGUGGUUUGGCGCCAGCGAUUUCGCGGGGUAACAGCACAAGGAAAAGCGCAACAGGACAAGGAAGCUAGAAUAUCGAACAGGAAAACAGCAGUGCAGCGUUACAAACAUCACGAAUGAAGCGGACGGCCGCUGUUUGCGGGCUUUAAUGGUGUGUCUGUGUCAUCUCUGCUGCUUGCAUUUCGUCCUGAACUCCGAGCUCUGGAUACAGUGGAGGGUGAACGCAGCUUUACAUAAAUCUUUCUGAGGCCUUGAGGAGGUGAGUAAUAAUGAUGGCGACGGCAGGGCCUCCAAGCAGCUCCAGCUUCCUUCCCCUGCUAGAGUCUCUGGAGGACAGUGCUGCUGGACAGUCUGAGCAGACAGAUGCCUACCUCACCAUUGCCAAUCGACUCAGUGGAGAGGAAGGCCGACAGUUCCUCCCUGCAGUUGAAAAGCACUUUUCUCGGUUGGGUAAAGUCACUUUGGCUCAUAUAACCAGUCCCAAUGCAGAACUGAGCCAAGCUGCCUUGCAAGCUUUAGGGUUUUGUCUGUAUCAUUCUCGCCUUGUCUCUGGAGUGCCUGAAACCUUUGCAGCAGAAAUACUAUCAGCACUUUGCUCCCUGGUGGUGAAGGCCACAGAUAAGAACACCUGCACCAGAGCGUUAUGGGUUAUCUCCAAACAGAGCUUUCCUCCAGAUGUGGUAGCCAAAAAAGUGCCAUCUAUACUGGGCACACUGGAGAGUGUGUGGAACAGAGAGGACAUCCAGUCUGUGGUAAUGGAACAUGAGGCCUUGAAUGUGGUCAUCAGGAUGCUGGAGCAAGUGCCGACUCAGAUGGGUGAUGGAGCAGUGCGGUGGGCAAAGCUUGUCAUCCCACUGGUGGUCCACUCUGCAUCCAAGGUACGUCUACGGGCCGCAGCAGCCAUGGAAUUGGGCAUGCCGCUUCUCUUGGAAAAACAGAUGGAGGUGGCUGCCAUCAUUGAACCCAUGAUGUCCUCAAAACUGAUCCCAGAGCUCCAGAAGCUUUUCAUGUCCAAGAAUGAAACCAACGUCCUGAAGCUUUGGCCCUUGUUUGUGAAACUGCUUGGGAAGUUGCUGCACAGGGGAGGUCCCUUCAUCAACUCUCUGCUGCAUCUUGAGGAACUUGGUUUCCGCAGCUCCUCUCCUACCAUCAAGAAGAUUGCCUUUAUUGCCUGGAAGAGCCUCAUAGAUAAUUUUGCCCUAAAUCCAGACAUCCUGUGCAGUGCCAAACGUAUGAAGCUCCUGAUGCAGCCCCUCAUGUCCAUCAAUGUCAGGACAGAAGCCCUGCUGCUCACCAAGGUGGAGGUCUGGUGGUACCUGGUGGUCCAACUCGGGCCCAACCUGUCAUCCAACUUUGAUCAGGUUUCUGUUCCUUUGCUGCAGUGCACCAUUGGUUCUGACUCCUCCUCCGUCCCAGGCACCCCUUCAAGAACUACCAGUCAAAAUGGUGCUGCUACACCUUCCACUCCCAAGACCGGCACUCCAGCCUUCAGCAACCCAGCCAAUACGUCUCGGAUGAGCCUGAACUCCAGUGUCCAGGUGCCCACCACCUUCUCCUCCAUCCAGCUGCUGGGCCUGGAGAUGUUGCUUCACUACUUUCUAGGACCAGAGAUUAUUGCUUUAGCAGCAAAGAACAAACUCAUCUUGAGUCUUGAGCCCUUGAACCACCCACUCCUUUCUGGAGCUUCGUCUUUCUCUAAACAUGCCGCUGUCCUCACCUCCAACAUCAGAGACGGGUUCAUCAACAUUGGCAAAGAUGCUCCAGAAUCUCUUUUGGCUGUCAUAUGGACAAGCCUUGUCCGGUUUGUUAACUCAACUAUAGAGUCUGCAGGCAGUAAGAAGGAUCGUCACGGCUGUGAAGUUCUGACUGUGAUGCUUCAGGCUCUGCAGAGCAUCGUCACCUCAGAAGCUGUGCCUGCAGACAAAGUCCUGAUGCUGUUUGAGGCCACAGUGAAAGGUAUUCCUCAGAGAGUUCUUGGCUCUGCCUCCUAUCAAGUGGGCAAGAUGGAUGUGCUGAAUGGAACACCGGCUCUGUACCUUAUUCUUCUGCUCUACAACAGCAGUAUGCUCUCAGCUUACAUUGAGGACGAGAGGUUUUAUCAGUGCCUUGAAACGUUGGUGAGCUGCGGUUUGUCAGGCCCCACGUCCUCUCUGGCGUUCGGGGAGGCGGUGCUGGCGGCCAUCGGGCGCAGUGCUGCAUCUCUGCAGAACAAGGAGCAGCUGUGGAGGAUGUGGAGCGUGGUGGUCAGCCCGCUUACUGACACCAUCACACAGUCUAAUGAAGUUAACCAAGGUGACGCUCUGGAGCACAACUUCAGUGCUACGCAUUCUGCCUUGUUGUUCCCCAUUACACACCUACUACAUGGUGCACCACUACAGCAGGCAACCCAGAAGUCAAUGCUGUCCAUGUGGUCCAAGCUGUACAAAGUGUUUGCUCGCUGCUCUGCCCUUGUGGUCACGGCUGAGGAGAACAUCUGCUGCGAGGAGCUCUGUGCAAAGAUGAUGGCUGCAGUAGACAGGGAGGCACUGAUGGUUCCUUCAACAUUAAACGCUGUUGCCAGUAUCCUCCAAGUCAUGGUCGAGUGUGUGGACUUCUCACCGUACACUCCUCAGUUUCAGCAAAAGCUGAAGUCUCCUCGCACUCCAGUGAACUGGAUGAAAAAGAGAAAUAAGGUUCUGGGGAAUCUGUCCACCUUCCAGUCCCUGAUGGUACAGUGUCUAGAGGUUUAUUUGAAGGACUCUGAGGCUUCCUCUGAAGCCACAGGAUUGGCCUUGGUUUCCAUCCUGUCUGUCCUCUUCACUAACCUCACUCUUGCCAACACUGUCACGGAAGCUCUGACUUCUCUUAUUCAACUGCUUAUUCUUUUCUACAAACAAACAGCCAACGAACCGCCAAAAUUCUCCUCGCAGCUUGUGGGAAAGUUGGAGAAGCUUCUCAGCGAGGUUUUUGCCUGCCUGCAGACCUGCACUGCUAUGGCAUACGACGAUGAACUCCUGGCGCUGCUCUCUCCUCUGCUUUGUGUGCUGUUCCCUCACAAACACAAGCAGCUCCGCACCUCAGCCACCCAGUUCUGGAAUUCCACCUUCGCCAACUCAGUCAGCCUCACUUACCCUGAUGAGAUCAGACCAAUAUUGAGCCAAGUGAAGCAAAAGACCCCAAUCAUUCUUCCUGGCUUUGAGGUUGUCAGUGUUCCUGAUGAGCUCAGUGGACAGUAUUCAAGUGAAAGCUCCGAGUUGGAGACGAAGCUCAGUGGGAUGCCUUUAUCAUCUGUGGGGAAGAGGGACUCAUUGCUGGGAAAGGCUACUGACCUGAAGGACAAGAGCUCCACUAAAACCUCCAAGCCGGUUUCUACAAAGCUGGACUUUGGCUCUCCCAAGCCUCCUCGCAGAGAGGCUUUGGAGGAAGAGGCCUCCAUUGACUUUGUCUUCAUUCCUCCUGAGACAAAGGAGCGAGUUCUGACGGAGCACCAGAAGGAGGUGAAGAGGACUAAAAGGGUUGACAUCCCUGCCAUGUACAACAACCUUGAUGCUUCUCUGGAUACAACGGUUUUCACACAGUACACACAGACCCAAGAAGACUCUUUGGACAAGCUGCCAGCUGAACAAGUUGACAAGGUUACUGAAGAGACUCCUGACAAGGUUCCUCCGGAAGAUGUGGAAAAUGACAAAGAUACUGAAGUUCUAACAAAAGAGACUCAAGACUAUGCUAGCCCAGAAGCAGUAGAAAACAUGAGAGAAAACCAAGAGCAUGAAAAGGUGAUCCCUGAGUUGGCAGAUGUUUCUAUGGAGGACGAUGCCAGGAGUGACGACAGAACAGACGACUUGGACAUACAGACUAAAGAAGGCGCAAGUCCCAACAACUCUGGCUCUUCAGAUUUGAUCUCAGGGACUCCUCAGAAACCAAACAGUCGUCGCCAGUCCUUUAUCACUCUGGAAAAGUAUGCUGAAGGAAAAUCUGUCAGCCCAAACAUUUCAUCCACAUUCACAGGUCCCCUCGUAAAGACCUCCAGUAGCCAAGAACACUCUAAAAACAACAAAACCUAUUCUUCUCCGGCUUCCCAGACUUCCGCUGGUCCAAGCUCUCAGGAUUCCCAGUCCACUCAGACCAGAAAAAUUAACUCCCAGCGUCCUGUGGAAAAUACCCCUGAGUCUCCUCUAAGGCCAAAAGACUCUGGGACAAAAUGUGAGCCAGUAAGGCUCACUGAGAGAAUGUCCAGUGACACAACAGAGGACGAAGAUUUUAUCCCAGACACCCAGGGUAAAGUGGAGGGAAAAGAGAGUACAAAAGUGGCUUCCACAUUAGAGGAAAUGAAACCACAAACCCAGGAAGAGGAAUCUGAACUGAUGGAUGAUUCUCAAUCCUCUGAGACCCAGACUUCUCCAGGUGAACCCAGACGUUCUGGACGACAUAGAGUCAGACCUCAGCUGCCUGGAGAGAACCAUGAAGAACGGGAAGAGAAAUACAAGCAAUUUAGACGGAGACGUUCUGGAGAGGAACCUCAGAGUGAUUCUUCACAGUCAAACAGUACAGUACAAAGCAUAAGAAAAACAAGAAGUAAGCAGGCUGCUGAGGAGGACAGUGGCAGGGACCGAUUACGUACAAGGACUCAGAGGGACACGGUUGAGUCAAGCCAAAGCAACUCUCAGGGAAGAGUUCACAAGAAGAUCAGACUGUACAGCAAUUCAGAGGACUUGCUCAGUAAACCUGAACCUAAAAGGAGGAGCACCAGAGAGCGCGAGUCCAGCCAAACUGACUCGCAGUCAGAAACACAGUCUGAUUACGGAAGCCAGUCGCAAGGUAGGUACAGAAAGCGGAGCAAAUCUCUGGACACCAAGGAAGAGGGUGGAAUGAAGAACAAGGUUUUGCAUGAUAAAGAAUCCAGCCAGAAUGCCACAAUUGAGCCCUUAGAACAGACCGAAAAGGAUGAUAAUAAACCAAAGAAAGAUUCUCAAAGCAUCACUCCUUCCCCUCAAACUAGUAGCAAAUCCCAGGAGACUGAGCUUGUAGAACGACUGGAAAGGGACAAGCCAAAGGAAGAGUCUCAAAUCGUCGCUUCCUCUCCUCAAACUGGUGGUGCCUCUGAAGAGUGUGCGCUUACCGAAAAGACCAAGAAGGUUAAAGAUUCUAAGAUGGUCACUUCUCCAACUAAUGACAAAUCCCAAGAUAGAACAAGCCCAACAAGCAAGUUGGUGAAUGAAUCGGAGGUCAAAGACAAACUCAAGACAAAAGUAGACACAGAUAACCUCACUCCAGAGGACUCUCAAGCGAUCACACUCUCACCUUCUGAUAGCCAGUCUCUGCGUAGAUCCAGAAGAAGCAAGGCAUCAUCUGAGACAGCUGAGUCUGAAGAUAAAGGUGAAACUAAGUUUUCCUCAGGAAGACAGAGUAGGUCCAAUUCCCAGGCAGCAUUGUCAGCCGUCAGCCAAGCAGAGGCCACAGUUGGAGGUAGGACUAGAAGGAGCAAGGUACAAGGGGAGCUAUCAAAGUCAAGUCCUUGUUCAACUCCAGAGAGUUCUCAGUCAUUAGAUGCUGCAGGAUCAACAGAGUCCUCCCAAGGCAGGGGCAGAUACUCAAGACGAAGAUCUUCUCAAGUGUCAUCAACCGGUACUGAGUUCUCGGAGUCUGAAUCCUUGGAGGCUAGAGAAAAUUCCCCUUUGCCCCAGAAGAGAGGGAGGAAACGUCGGACAUCUCUACUAAGUCCUCUCACCCUUGAAUCUAAAGAUGGCAAAAUUAAUAACAAUACAGUGAAGAAUGAUUCUAACACUUUACAAAAGGCAGAUGUACAAAGCAUUGAAGCUAAAACUGCCACCAGUUUAGAGGAUUCCCAGAAAACCCAAGAUUUGCAGGGUUCUGAAUCAUUGCAGGUGACAUGUAAAAUUGAAGAGCAAAGCGACAAAGCAUCGACUGAGGCAGAGGCUGAUGUUGUUGUAGAGAAAACUGACCCAGAAAACACAAACAUGAGCAAAUCAGUCAGUGCAUCACCUCUCAUGGAGCAGGAAGGACAAAAGGACUCCAACGUUGAUAAUACCUCUUUACAAGAAAGUGACACUGGGGACUUGCAAUCUGCUGAAAUGCUUGGGAUCAUUACUGAACAGACUCAGGAGAAGUCGCACUGUGACUCAUCUUUGUCAUCUGCUGUGGAUAACCUGCUGCUGCCUGAUGAGGCACGAGAGAAACUGCAGACCUCACAGUCUUCAGAGGAGAAAGAUGAAGUCCCUGAGCCUGCUAACGUUGUUCAAAAAAAACAAAAUGAUGAUUCAGAUUCAAACUGCCAAGAACAUCCAGUUGCUCCUAAGGAGGACACAGUUGAAGAGAGUCACAGUACAUCUUUUGAACAAAACCAGAUGGAUUGUCAAAAUAUCAUAGAUGAUGAUUUUUCAAAGGAGGAGGAAGUGUUUGCCGUCCAAGACAGCAAAUCACCAAACCAGCACACAGAGGCUAGUGAUGAUGUCACACCUUUACAAGAGGGAGAUGAAGAUGACAAAAACCACACUGCAAAGUGUCAAGAGGAAGAGGAAACUCAAACCACCAAAAGUGAAAACAAUUUGGAGGCUUCUUUGCCUGAUGUGUGCAAUGCUUCAGGGUUACCAGAAUCAACAAGCAAAGAUGUUGUCCAGGGUUCUCCGGUGAAGCAGAAGGACCUGGAGGCUGUAAUGGUGCCAGAUGUCGGCCAAAGCCCCAGCAGCGGCAGAACCAGAGGAACCUGGUCUCCUUCAGCCUCCCCAUCAACCAGUAUUCUUAAGAAGGGCCAGAAGAGACCUCUAGAGGAUGAGAUGCCCUCACCUCUUGUCAAAUCCAGGCGUGUGUCUUUUGCUGAUCCCAUCCAACAGCAGGAAACUGCAGAUGACAUUGAUCGCCGCAGCCCUGCAAUCAGAACCAGCUCCCCUAGAAGAUCCAAAAUCACCAGUAUCCCACAGCCUAAGUUUGUCACUACUCCAACAAAGGGCUUGCUGAUCCUGAGUCCCAGAAAUCUGCACAGUCCAGGGUACAAGAGCUCCAAGAAAUGCCUGAUUUCUGAAAUGAGCCAAGAGCCACGAGCCGUCUCCAGAGACUGCAUCUACCCUGCCCUGGUUGGCUGCUCUACACCUGUAGAAGCUGUGCUGCCUCAGAUCUCCUCCAACAUGUGGUCUCGUGGUUUUGGGCAACUUGUUCGAGCCAGAAACAUCAAAACGGUGGGCGAUCUUAGUGCUCUAACCCCCAGUGAAAUCAAGACUCUGCCAAUUCGCUCCCCAAAGAUCUCCAAUGUCAAGAAGGCACUGAAAUGCUAUGAACAACAGCGUAAAGGACGAGGUGGUGAUGAGUUGAAAAGUUUUGACGAAACGGAGAUGAUAACCUCUGAACUGGAGGAGGCAAGUGCUCCUCAAAACCAGGAUGAGGAGGAUAAGACGUCAGGCGAGACACUAGCAACAGAGCUGGUGGACGAUCCUGUUCCUGCAGAUGAGAGGCCGGAGCAAGAUGCCUCUGGGAGUCAGGCAGCUGUCACGCUGCCUGCAGAGCAGGGAUGUGUAGGGCAGCUGCACCCCGAGGGACUGCUGUCAGAGGUGGAUGCCCUGACCUGCAGGAUGACGCCAGUAGAACUGAGUUACUGCUCACCACAGCAGCUUGUUGAGAUGCAUGAGCAGUUAGGUGGCCUGAUGAGGCGCGUGGUGGUCGAGCUGCAGGCACGCCUCUGUCAGACUGAUGACAAACCCUGAAGAGACCUCAGCUUAAAAUGUAAACGCAUAAAAAGACUAACUUUCAUGGAAUCUGGAAGAAAGGAUACUAAAUUUCUGAGUUUUUGUGGAUAGAAGCGUUAAAUGAACAGAUUUUACAACAGAAGAUUUUAUGGUUUUAACUGAAAAUUCCUGGGCCUCAUCUUAAAUUCAGUUUUUCUGUUUUUUUUUUUUUUUUAAUGUUAGCAGCAGCUUUUCUCAUUUUUAGCUUGAGCUGUUGUGUAGUUUAUGAUUCUAAGAAACGCUCAAAGGGAAGCAUGGUCACACGUUUUAAGCUGUGCCAAAUGAAGAAAAUGACUUUUAAUUGCCGUAAUCUUGACAUGAGUGUUUUUCCCCCGACUGUCCUCUGUAGACUUUGCAGUAAAGGACUGGUGUAAGGCUACCAUUGCAUGCAGAUGAAAAAUCAGUUUUUCCAUCUUUGUAAAUAUAUUUUAAACUGUUUACAAAUCAACUCAUCUGUCCUUUUGUACAUUUUGUAGGAUUUCCUGGUUUGUAAACCUGUCAUUUAAAGUCUUGUAGAUGAUAAUAGACAGUCUGCACUUCUGUUUUUAUUUGUGGUUUUAAAUACUUCAAUAAAUGAUGGAACUGA